GGAGCAGUACCUGUCCGCGUCGGGUAAAGCAUGCGCGUUGAGGAUGCGUGGCUACCCGGCCCCGUCCCCAUUGCGCGCAUGCGCACAUUGAUUCGCCUUCCUCUGCCGACUGGGGACCCGCCGAAAACGAUUACUGCUCCUGCGCUUCUCAGGGUCGUGAUCGAAAGAAGUUGUCUGCAGCUCACCGUCUGUGGAGUGAAAAGGAGAAAGAAAGAAGGCGAAAGGAACGGAGGUUGGCGUGGACCAUGAGCACGUCAAAGCGUUGCGCCGGUGGCCUUGCUGCCACCCGUGUUGUGUAGCGUCUGAGCGGGACAUGGGCCAGACCGCCCGCCACAUCCCACCUCAACGCCCACAGCAGACUGCACCAGUAGAUCGCCUUCAGAAUCUCGGCAACCUUACCGUUGACGAGCGACUCCAGGUGAAGACCCUGCCAUGAAAAUGUCCAACUCGGUCACAAUGGAAACAACGGUCAAAGCCUGCAUCGUUGACGACGUAGGGAGCGACAUUACCUCUUCCCACUCCGGGCCGACCAAGGGCCUGGCAGCAACCCUGACGUCUUUAGCCAUAGAAGAAGGCAAGGAGGACCCAAAGAUGAUGAUGAAGAUCAAGAUGGACGGGGGUCCAGCCCCACACCACCGCCCCGCAGCUUCUCAACCGAGAGGCCUGCCCCCGGGGGAGGAGGAGGGAAGAGGAGCAGAGGGCCGGGGCUGUAGAAACUCCACGGAGAAGGAGGUGAAGAGUCCCAGGAAGACGUUAUCAAGAGACUCCAGCCAGGACUACACCGAUUCCACAGGCAUCGACCUCCAUGAGUUUCUUGUCAAUACGCUGACGAACAACCCCAGGGACCGUAUCACCCUGCUGAAGCUGGAGCAAGAUCUGCUGGACUUCAUCCGUAAUAACGAAAGCCAGAGAAGGAAGUUCCCCCCGAUGACCUCGUACCACCGCAUGCUCCUGCACCGCGUGGCCGCCUACUUCGGCCUGGAACACAACGUGGACCCCAGCGGCAAGUCGGUGGUUGUCAACAAGACAACCAGCACCCGAAUACCCGAGCAGAAGUUAUGUGACUACAUCCAGGAUGAGGUGCGUUCGGACGAGGGUUUCCCAGGACGUCACGUCCUCAAGAGGGACCACCUCAGCUUCGAUGACGGCUCGCAGGUCCGGAUGCGUCUGAAAUCAGACAUGAGGAGUAAAUCGAUGGAGGAGCGAGAAGAGGAGUACCAACGGGCCCGCGACUGGAUAUACGAGGGGGAUCAUUUGAUUUUCAGUUCAAGGAGCCAGGAGAAAGAGACUGGCAAGAGCAGCCAGCAGCGACGCCAGCUCUUCAGCAGGCAGCAGUCGGGUUGUUCCGGCGCCGGUUGCCAGAGCAGCUCUGAGAUGGAGGCGUCGCGGCCCAGCGACCCGCCCCCCUGGAGUAGCACCGACAGCUCCGAAAGCUCCCAGCGGCCCCCUCCUCCUCCUCCGUCAGGAGGACCACCUGCACCACCGGCCUGGGUUGGCGCCGGGGUCACCAGGCCCAGCGGCCUCAGUGGCCGUGUGCCUGGACCCGUUAUGGUGCAUGGAGACAGCACCGCGAGCAGCAAGAGCACUGGAAGACUGUCACAGACAGGGUCCGACUCCUCCAGCAGUGUGGUCUCCUGCUCUCUGUCGCGGCCCCUCGUGGCCCAGCCCCCUACAAGAGCCCAUCCCACCUGCGUCUGCCCCUCCCAACGCCAUGGCAACGCCAGGGGCCCCAAGAGCAACCCUGUGGAGGGCGUGGCUCUGGCCAGCUUCUACGUGCUGCCGUUUGAGAGUGCGGCGGCGGGGAUGAUGCCGGCCAGCGUUCUGGUCAAUGUGCACACAGGCCAACCCAUCCUGGUCCCAGACGACAGCGUGACCAUGCACGGUGCCCCGGGCCCCGCGUCCACCACGGGACGGGGCCAACAGCCACUUAGGCACCCCCCCGCCCAGCCCAUCCACCUGGUGACCCAGCAACAGCCGCCAAUUCAGCUGCACACCCAGGCCGACGCCCUCAGCGCACACUUCGGUCACAUGAUCCUCACGAUGCGUCAACCUCCUGAAGGUGGUGGUGUGGUCGGCAUGGUCCAGUCUCCCCAGGACUCCCACCACUGUCAGCCCCCUCUCCCCUACCACCUCUACCAUCAAGCCCAGCAUCCCCACAGCCUCAGCAACACCAGCCAUCCGCUGGCCAGCUAUCUGGUGGCCGGGGCCCUCCCAGGGGCCCCCCCAUCGCCAACCCAGAACGCUGCCUCCCUCUACCACCACCACCAGCAGCACCACCAGCAGCCCUACCCUUGCCCCAGCACACCAGGGCCUGGGGGGUUCCAGGCGGUGAUGAGCCAGUCUGUCCUCCAGCAGCACUCCUACAUCCAGCCCCCGGUCCAACAGGUGAACUCUUACUACUGCGCCUCAACGCACUACGCCCAGCCGACCAAUCAGCAGCAGCCAUACCAAGCACCCCCCAACACCCCCCUCACCGCCUACAGCUGCCCCCAGCACCAAGCUUACAACACCUCCGCCAGUCUGCCCAGCGCAGCCCCCGGGUACCAGUCUGCCACCGCCGCCGGCCUGCAGCCAAUCAGCAGCCAGCAGAGCAGCGUGGAGAACCAGAUGCAGGGUGUGAUGGUCCACUACCCCGCCAUGCCGACCUAUCAGAUGCCCAUGUCGCACGCCCCCCAGGCUGUCCCCCAGCACUCCUAUGGCCCUCAGCAGCAGCCGCUGAUGAUUUCCUGUCAGCUGACCCAGGGGGGCGUCUAUCCAGGGCCUCCCGGGGACACCGGGAUGGUGGUAAUGCAGCUGCCAGCUCAACCCCCACCGUACCAGCCCCCGCCACGGGCCCCCUCCCCCUACCAGAGGAAACCGCCCGGCUACAAGCUCCACGGCGUCGACCAACAGCUCCCCCGCAGGUCCUCUGAGGGACUGCAGCCACCGGACAACCCCCAGAGUAGUGUCCGACUGGGCAGUCGAACCUGGACUCUGUCUGCGUUGCUAGGCCACCCGGGGGCCAUCCAGGGGCCCCACUUGGCCCUUCCUACUAUGCCUUUCAAGGCCCACCUCCACCCCCAGCACCUCCCUCACCAGCACCCCCUCCCUACAGCCUUCUACCCCGGUGGACAAGGUGAGCUUUAA